AGGGACAGAGAAGGGACGCAUACAAAUACGAACUGCGUGCGCUUUGGACAACAUUUCCAAACUUCGAACUCAGUAAUGCCUCCCACGCCUUGUGGAGCCGAAUGAACCUCACCGGCGGGCCCCACUCCCCGGCGACGGGGUGUCGCCGGAAACCGAAGCGUGCCAGCAUAUCGGCCCUCUCCUCCCGCCGCCGUCCGGUGACUCCUCACUCGAAGUGGAAGUUCUUCGACGAAGACGACGGAAAGCUCGCCGGAGGAGGACAAUUCCGGAGAGCGAGAGUUGCGGUCUCAGCGAGAAAUCUCGCCGCCGGGCUCUGGCAGUUGCGGUUCACGGAGGUCUCGGCCGGUGGUGGUGGAAUUGGCGGUUUCAAAUGCGGGCCGUGUGAUCGGGUUGGGUCUCAGCUUGUAUCUUCUUUGCCACAUCCAAAAUUUUCAAUGGAGGAAUCUACAAAGUGGGAACCCAGGUGUUCGAAAGUGUCUCAUGACGUCUGCCAGUUUGACGGCCGCAUGGGGCUUCUCCAGGAUCAAAAGGGUGCUUCGAUCUCUAUUGUUUCUGCUUUGCAAGCAGAGCUAUUCCAUGCUCAUUCACGAAUUUGUGAGCUUGAAGCUGAGGAGCGAUCCUCUAAGAAAAAAGUGAAACACUUGCUGAGGAAGGUUGAAGAGGAAAGGGUUUCAUGGCGGAGCAGAGAACAAAAGAAAAUUCGUGCAGUUGUUGAUGACUUAAAGGAUGAAUUAGACAGGGAGAGGAAGAGUUGUCAGAUGAUGUAUAUGCUCAAUACCAAAUUAGUCAUUGAGUUAGCCAAUGCCAAGUUAUCAGCAAAGCAGAUCAUGCAAAAUUACCAGGAAGAGAAAAGGGGGAGGGACCUAAUGGAGGAGGUCUGUAAUGAACUAGCUAAGCAGAUUGGAGAAGAUAAGGCCGAGGUUGAGGCAUUGAAGAGAGAGUCGAUGAAAUUCCAUGAGGAAGUGGAAGAAGAGAGGCGGAUGUUGCAGAUGGCUGAGGUUUGGCGUGAAGAACGCGUCCAAAUGAAGCUGGUUGAUGCAAAACUUGCUCUUGAAGAUAGAUAUUGCAAGAUGAACAAGCUAUUAACGGACCUCGAGACUUUUCUGCAGUCCAGAAGUUCUACCCUGGAUGUUAUGGACUUAAGGAAAGCCGAGUUGAUCCUGCAGGCAGUUAAAUCAAUGGAUGUUCAAGAUAUUAAGGAAUUUUCGUAUAUGCCCCCAAAAUCAAAUGAUAUAUUCUCCAUGUAUGAAGAUCUCAGAAAAUUCGAAGCUAAGGGGGACGAGAUUGAACCUUGUGUAAAUUACAGCCCCACUAGACACGCUUCCAAAAUCCAGGCCUCGUGUCCUAACAAUGGUGGCUCUUACAAAACUUCUAUGCUGAAGCAUCCAAACCAUGCUAUUGAGUAUAAGAGCGGCCUAGAAGAAGAAGAAGAAACCCGAGGCUGGGGAAGGGGUAGUCGUGCUGAGGAUCAGAGUUCUAGUUACUCAGUUGAAGGGAGUACUGAGGCCUCUGUUAGUAGGGUCUUCAGCCAAGGCAAAAAUGUUUUGGAGAGUGGAACCGAAUGUGAUGAAAAUGCAGACCAUGGUUCUCUGAAUACGGAAGUCAGUGAGGUUUGCUUACUAGUAGAGGGUAAUGGAAACGGGAGAGCUUUUCCAAGUGGAGGUGGCAUCAGAUGCCAGGAUACAGCGGCACAACGGGGUGCACCGGAGUCUGCCAAUCCACACAUCACUCGAGGAAUGAAAGGGGGCAUAGAGUGGCGUCGAGGCAUCCAAAAGCCAAGCUCGAAGCCCAAGCUUUUGGGGGUGACUCGGGUGAGGAUGGAAAGCCAGAAAUCUCAGCUGCGCCACAUUCUUAAACAGAAGACCUAGGUAAACUUCGUUUCUCAAAUUUUGUUGUUUGAUCGAGCAAAGUGUGAUCAGAGCAACUCUCCUUUGUUUCGUAAUUUAAUUGAUGAUUUUUGGCCCUGGUAAAGAGGCGUUUCCUUCUCUUGGUUCUAGAUUCUAGUUGUUACACAGUAUUUUGAACAUGUAUGUACUUUGUUUCCAUAGAGAAUAGUAUCCUUUUCCCAGCAACUGUUAGAGAGGAUGUACCCACACUCUUGUAUAAUUCAUUGAUAUAUGACAACAAAAUUGAGGAAAAA